AUGGGUUUUCUCAGUGGAAAGCCUCGCUCGAAACCCCAAAGGAAGCUCUCCGAGCCCACAUACGAAACCCCAGUAGCACGAAAGCAUUAUGAGGAUAAGCCGGGCCCAUAUGGCCCCCACUUUCAGAAGGGACCACAGCAAGAGGAGAUAUAUAAUCGAAGGGCAAACGGCGAGAGAAUUCCCCCGGGCCAUCCAGAUCUCCACAAUCGUGCCAAUUCGUUCCACCAACCCAGGGAGCAUCAUGCAUACUCCGACCCCUUUGAGACAAGACCCAAACAGUGGUCAAACCAGAUGUCAGCCGAGCACACCAAAUAUCACACUGCAGGUGACCUCAAGGAUGCCCAGACCCGUCAAUAUGAAGUCGACCUUCACAUUGCAAAUCAAUUGUCAGUUCGGCCCAAACAUGGGUUCAAACCAGCCAAUGGCCAAAAGAUCAAAACCGGAAUUACGGCGGCUCAAGCUUUGGUGACGAGGCAAAACCUCGUCAUGCAAGGCCGUGAGGGGUUUGUUCAGAAGUAUCCUCAAGCGUACAAAGAUGAAAGGGCUCUUGGAACCCACAACUAUGAGGUUGAGAAAAGGAGGACAGCAGCAAGCGGUCGCCGAAAUGAGAUGAAAACGCUGGAGGGAAAGUAUGGCACGUGGGCUACAGAGGCUCAAAAGCAGAGAUAG